UCACUCCAGUUCCACAGCUGUCCUGCCAGUUUGCCUGCUUUUUCUUGCUCAAGAAGGAAUUAAGAGUCCUAGUGUACUGUAUCUCUCACACACAUUCAAUGGUUUACUGUGGAAAAGAGCUCCUGGGUUUGCUGCUGGACCAUUUCUUCAUUUUGUCUGAGGCUCACACUCUACAUUACAGCUGGAAUUGAAGAAAAAAGAAAUCACAUAAUCUCCACUGCUAUCACCAGGAUACUUGGCAUAACAGAAAUUGUAUUUCGGCCGAACUCCCACUACACGGUCCGGGGAGUGAGGAUGCUUUGUGAGGACAUGGACUGCGGGGUCUGCUACCUGCCCUAUUCUCGUGUGGAGCGCGUCCCACGUGUGCUACACUGCAGGCACACCUUCUGUGCUCUCUGUCUGAGCUCCAUGGCCCAGUCGAAGAGUGGGCUGCUCACUGUCCGCUGCCCACUCUGCCGCCAGAUGACCUGUGUAGGCAGAGGCCUGGGACUGCAGGAAGCUCUGUGGGUGGACACCAAGGUGUGGGACCAGAUACCAGAGAGUGAAGAAGACCAGGAAGUGGAGGAAGAGGACAGGGAGAUCCGUCCAGCAUUGCAAGUUGAAUGUCCUGCCGCGCAGCAGUCCAGGCCAAAGCUCAAGAGGCUAAAAAUUCCAGCCUUUCUGAAGAAACUCAAUUUCUUGAAGCACCCGCAGGAGAGAACUGUGCCAAAGUGUAACGUCGAGAUUAAAUCGUGGCGUCGAGUGCCAGGAGCAGAGGUAUUUUAAGAAGGUGAAGUACUGUAAGUCAAGAAACCUCAAGAACAUCAGUAUUAUACCUCACACGAUUGUGCAUGUAAAAUAAGUUUUGUGUUAUGAUACUCUGGAUUUUAUCAGUUUUACUUAAUUUUACAAGAUUGCAGGUCUUGAGGGAUUGUGUGUGUGAUUACAGAUAAAAAAACAAUUACGCCAUUUUACUUUACAGUUAAAUUGUGAGAGGACAGAAAUGGUAUUUUGAUGGCAUUAAAGACCACUUGCAAACAGAACAGCUUUUAUCAUACAAAAUGUAUGAAAUUACUAAUGGAGAUGUUGAAUUUUCUGAAAAACAAAAGCAAUAAAAUUCCAUUGUUUAUUAUUUAUCUAACUCUAUGAAAACUCAGGAAUUGUGCAUCCUAGGAAACCAAUCACAUUGAAUUAGCCUGCAAAGUGCUCUAAUAAUUCUAACACUACAGUACGUAUGUUUACAGUCAAUACUAUAUAUUUUGUUAUUUAAAGCAAAAUACAAGCAAUAGAAAACAAUACUUUUUAUAACAAUUUGUCAUGUGCCCCAUAUGUGUUUUAUUCUUGUGGAUUAGUUGUAAAGAUGUUUUUUAUUUUAAAUACUCUGUAACCCAACAUAUCUAAAAAUGCAUGAUCUUUUCUUUACAUGUGUAUUGCACAUUAAACCAAUGAAGGAAGAUCCACAACAUAAUCAUAAGAAGGUAAAAACUAAAGAUGAUAAAAUAUGGAAUCUUUAACAAUCUGUGCUGUCCUAAUAACAGUUUUCACCAUUUCAAAAGAGUUCAAUGCAUAAUUAAGUUUACUUUUUAAAACUAUUGUAUAAAAUGCAAUUAAGCUACAUAGCUGGAACCUUUUCAUAGAGGAACCAGUGGAACUAAUGACAUUCUGUGAAGGUUGUAUUUAUUAGAUUUAUUCUAUUGGCUAGUCUCUCCUUAAUCCCACACAGCUGGUGGAAUAUGAUUUGGUUCAGCUGUCCAAACUACUGUAGCUCCUCUCCUCCCAUGAUGACAUAUUCCUAACAGAUGGCAUCUUUGUGAAUUUCCCUCAGAGGCUGUGAAGCAGACUGUAUUUUACCAUGUAUCCAUAAAGUGAUUGUGUAUGUGUUCUUUUUUUUUAGAAAUUGGUUGUUUGAUUGUUUGAUUUACAAUAAAAGUUUCUGAAGGAA